UCAGUUUGCACAAUACAAAAAGCCCGCCGCUCGCGCUCGCCAACUACUUUGCAGCCUCUAACCCUUAUCCGCCGCCGCCGGUUGCCGCCGCCUUUUUGCCCCCAUAAUUCCCGAAGGUCGUACCUCCUCCCGGAUUCCAAUAGAGGACGAAGCUUCUUCAGAAUGUUACAGAGCAAGUCCUUUGUCAAGAAAACCAAGCAAGGGAAAGUAGUCAAGGUUGUAAGAGAACACUAUUUAAGGGACGAUAUAUACUGUGGUGUCCCUUUCUGCAAAGUUUGCGAUGUUGGGGCGGCGCGCCUCAGUUCCACUACCUCAACUAUCAUCAUUGUUGAUACCAAUGUUGUUCUUCAUCAGAUUGAUCUGCUGGAAAAUCCUGCCAUGAAUGAUGUGGUGGUGUUAUCAAUAGUGUUGGAGGAGGUGAAAAACAGAAAUCUUGCUGUAUACAAUAGACUAAGGGCGCUUUGCAGCAACCCGCUUAGGAGCUUCUUUGUCUUUUCCAAUGAAUACCACAAGGAUACAUAUGUGAAGAUUGAGACUGGUGAAAGUCCAAAUGAUAGAAAUGACAGAGCAAUUCGGGUUGCGGCCCAAUGGUAUCAAAGUCAUGUUGGCAAUGCAGUACGGGUUUUACUUAUUACAAAUGACAGAGAAAACAGAAUCAAGGCCCUUAAGGAUGGGAUUUCUGUGGAGACUGUUGAGUCGUAUGUCAAAUCGCUCGGUCAGCCAGCAUUACUUGAUCUGAUAGUUCAGACUCCAUCUGAUGUCGCAAUGGAGGAUGCAGAAGAUCCAAGACCUUCAAAGAGAAAAACAAUCUAUUCUGAGCAUAAGCCCAUGUCGGAAAUUACAUCUGGUUUGCACCGUGGCAUUUACCAUCAAGGAAAAUUGCGGGUUAACCGUUACAACCCAUUUGAAGCAUAUGUUGGGAGUGAGAGCAUCGGAGAUGAAAUUAUUAUUUACGGGCGUGCAAACAUGAAUAGGGCAUUUGACGGUGAUAUAGUGGUUGUGGAACUUCUACCUAUAGAUCAGUGGCAAGAAGAGAAAUAUCUGGGGAUAAUGAAUGAUGAGGAUGAGGAAGAAGAUGAUAAUGUUCAUUUAGCUCCAAGCAGUGCUGAUGAUGCUCCCAGAGUUUCGAAUGUAAAGCAGGCUUCCUCAGAGGAUAAAAAUACUUUGCCAACUCGUCCAUGUGGUCGUGUUAUUGGCAUUAUAAAACGUAACUGGCACUCUUAUUGUGGAUCUUUGGACCCAAUGCCUAUGCCUGCGGGUGAGGGUAGUGUUGCCCAUGCUCUAUUUGUCUCCAAAGAUCGUAGAAUCCCUAAGAUCCGGAUACAAACCCGUCAGCUUGGUAACCUCUUAGACAAAAGAAUCAUUGUUGCAGUUGAUUCAUGGGAUCGAGUGUCUCGAUAUCCCUCUGGACAUUAUGUAAGAACCAUAGGCCAGAUAGGUGACAGAGAUACUGAAAGUGAGGUGGUGCUGAUAGAGAAUGAUAUUGAUGCCAGACCAUUUUCUUCUCAAGUUUUGGCAUGUUUGCCACCCUUACCAUGGGUUGUUUCUGCUGAAGAUAUAGUGAAUCCCAUUAGGCAAGAUUUGCGUCAUUUACGUGUUUUCAGUGUUGAUCCUCCAGGAUGCAAGGACAUUGAUGAUGCAUUGCAUUGCACACUUCUUCCAAAUGGUCAUUUUGAAGUGGGAGUUCAUAUUGCUGAUGUGACAAACUUUGUUCAACCUGGAACCCCGUUAGAUGACGAGGCCGCCCAAAGGGGUACAUCUGUCUAUCUUGUUGAGAGGCGUAUAGACAUGCUUCCGAAACCUCUGACAGAAGGUGUCCUACUUCGAUUUACUGGAUUGUUUAUAUUUCCAUUUGAAUCUUGUAUUGAAGCAGAUAUAUAGCGGAAAGAGUUAAACCUGUCCUAACACCAUGUUUUCUCUUUGUUAACAGAUAUUUGUUCAUUGCGCUCAGAUAUCGAGAGAUUAACAUUUUCUGUUAUAUGGGUACAUGCUUGUCUUAUUAUAAUUUGUUUUAAAUGGCUAAUCUUUUUUCCUUUCUUUUUUCUUUUUAUGGGUCUGGGUAUUUGGUAAGUAUUGUGAAACAAUAUUUCAUCGUUUUAACCAUUCGGAAAAGGCCAUCAGCUCCAGCUGUUGCUAAUUUACAUUUGUAUUUAAAGGAUGGUAAGCUUGAGAGUUUAUCUUGAUAUGCAGGUGCUUUUUAGAACUAGUUUAGGUGUAGUUGUAUAUUUGCUUCAGAUACUAACUUAGUUGAGCCGUUGUGGAAAGCUAGUUAUCUAAGUGAGUUAGCAUGAAUAGACCUAAGAAAUGGAAGUAUAGAACCCAAGCUGCUCCUACUAGACGGUGGCUUUUGCAAGCUGUGUCCAUGUAUCAGUUAAAUUCACUACAUUUUAGGGAAUUAUUCCUGUACUGAGGAUGUAAUGUUUAUGCAGUCUAUUGAAGUUGAAAUGUCCUUACAAUUCUCAUUUAGGAAACUUGAACCUAAAUGAAAGGGAGGUUUGUUUUACACUUGCUUAAUGUUACGCCUUCAUGUUUUAUCUUGGUUUAACACACGAAAGAAGCAUUUCCUUCUGUUUUUUUCCUCCAAGCCUUUCUCAUCCCCUCUCCGAGUCCCAGGGGAAAAUAGAAAUGAAAGAAAAAAAUAAUAAUUAAAUCAUAUGUUAUUUUUUCUUGCAUACUUCAAAUUAUUGGCCAUUAAUUUAUUUGGUCCUCCUAUAUUGACAUAUCAUUUAGGAGAUGACACCCGAAGCAGAAAUUAUUUCCACAAGGUAUACGAAGGCCAUUAUCAAAUCUUGUGCAGCAUUAUCUUAUGUGGAGGCUCAGGCGAGAAUGGAUGAUAGUCGCUUGAUGGAUCCAUUGACCACAGAUCUGCGUAAUCUGAAUGCUUUAGCAAAGAUAAUGAGGCAAAAACGCAUUGAGAGAGGAGCCUUAACGCUUGCUUCUGCUGAAGUCAAAUUUCAAAUCGAUACUGAAACUCAUGAUCCCCUUGAUAUCGGUAUGUAUCAAAUUCGAGAAGCAAACCAGAUGAUUGAAGAGUUUAUGCUUGCUGCUAAUAUAUCAGUUGCUAAGAAAGUUUUGGAACAUUUCCCCCUAACCUCGUUGUUAAGACGGCAUCCAAGCCCCACUAAAGAGAUGCUUGAACCUUUACUUCGAACUGCUGCUGCUGUUGGUAUCUGUUUGGAUGUCACAUCUUCGAAAGCUCUCGCUGAUUCACUUGAUCAUGCGGUGGGUGAUGAUCCAUAUUUCAAUAAACUUAUUCGCAUUCUGGCAACAAGAUGCAUGACACAGGCUGUGUACUUCUGUAGUGGAGAUCUCAGCCCUCCAGAGUUUUCUCAUUAUGGUCUUGCUGCUCCCUUGUAUACACAUUUCACUUCUCCUAUACGAAGAUAUGCAGAUGUAAUCGUGCACCGAUUGCUUGCUGCAUCUUUGGGAAUAUCCAAGCUUCCAGAUAUAUUCCAAGAAAGACCUCGACUAACUUGUAUUGCUGACAAUUUGAAUUAUCGCCACAAGAAUGCUCAGAUGGCUAGUCGCGCAUCAGUUGAGCUCCAUACACUCAUUUACUUCAGAAAAAGGCCUACUGAUACAGAGGCGCGAAUAUUGAAAAUAAGAUCAAAUGGCUUCAUUGUUUUUGUACCCAAGUAUGGAAUUGAAGGACCCGUAUAUUUGAUGGCGAGAGGUGAGAAGGCAGGGGAAUGGAUGAUUGACGAGCAGCAACAAAAGAUCAAGAAGAUUAAUGGUGAUGUCUCGUAUGGUAUUCUACAGACUGUGAGAAUUCACAUGGAGGUGGUAGAGCCAUACCCAAACAGGCCAAAGCUUGAGCUUACACUCAUAUAAACAUCUGCCCUACUCCACCUAUUGCAACUUACAAAGAGUAAUAUCAUUGUUUUGUUUUUGAAAUCUAUUUGCCUUUUUAUUGCUUGUAUAGUAUUGCUAGGUGAACUUGACUUGUAACUGCUAAUGAGAGAAUUUUAUUGUAACAGGAAUAUAAACCAACUUAUUGCAUUAUAUAUAGGUCUCUAUAAUUAUGAAGUGCAUGAUAAUUAAUUAUUGCUAUGAAUUGCAUUGGAUAUAAUUAU